AUGACGAAAGAUAAGAAGCUCGGUCGCAUGUCCACGACAUCGACGGAGAAGCGCCGCUCCUUCAUCCCCGGCGGCGGCACCAACAGCAGCAGCAGCGGCGGCGGUGUUGGCAGUAAGGACAACAUUAGCGGCGGCGGCAACAACGCCGGUUCUUCCUCGAAUAAGUCGUCAUCGCAAGGCGGCUCCAGCACCCACGUCCUCCACACGUCGAACCCGCGCACCGGCAGCGCCGCGAACAUCAUCGCCCCGCCUCCCCGCGCCCACCACGCCCCCGCGAGCUCCUCCGCGAGUCCUAACCCCGAAGACCCGGCCUCGGUGCCAUCCAGCAGUAGUAAAGAUGUCAAAGACAAGGACUCGAGGCAGAGGGAGGCCUCCGGUGGCACCUCCGCCGCCAUAGGCAACAUAUCCAACAGCAGCACCAGCAAGGACAAGGACGCUCGGAUAGCGCACCUGGAGCGGGAGCUCGAGAUCAUGGAGCAUGAGUUCACGCGCGAGCUCGAUAAGCUCUCGCAGAACGAGAGCGAGACGGCUGUCUUCUGGCAGGCCAAGCACAGCGACCUGAACCAGCAAUUCCUACGCGCCGACGCCGAUCUGCGCCUGCUCCGCCAGGAGGCUGAGGCCUGCGACGCCGACCGCGACGCCCUCCGCCGCGAGGCCGCCGAGCUGCGGGCCCAGGUCCGCGGGCUCAAGGAGUUUGUCAGCACGAGCACGCGCACCAGCGGGCAGACGUCGGACGAGGUCUUUUGCGACGGCAUGAUGCGGCUGAGCAACGGGUUGCAGAACUGGGUCAUUGUCAACUUCCGAAAGGCCAAGCUGGACAUCGCUGCUGCGGGCGAAGAUAUCCGCGAGGAGCUUGACCGGCUGGUGCCCAUGUACGCCGACCUCGAGCCCUCGGCCAAGGUCCACAUGCUGCAGUCCGUCGUCUCGUGCGUGCUCGUCGAGACGAUCUUUGACUCGUACUUUUUUGGUUUGCCGAGAGAGCAGGCCGAACAGCUCAAAGCAGUGGAACGGACCCUCUCCAGCUACGUGGACUCCCCCGAGGCCAUCAACAACUGGCGCUCGACGACGCUCGCCCUCCUCCACCGCGAGGCCGAGGCCAAGAUGCGGGCCGAGACGUCGGCGGCGACGGACCGCGUCGUCGCCCGCGUUAACCGCGUCCUCGACGCCCUCGUCUCGGACGCUCCCCCCGCCACGGAAGCCCGCGACGCCGCCCUCCGCGCCCUCGUCACCUCCGCCGCCGACCUCGCCCGCCAGCUCGCCGUGCAAAAGGCCGUCUUCCGCGUCUUCGUCCCGGCCAUCGUGCCCCACCAGCGCACCCGUUUCGACCCAGCCACCAUGGAGGACAUUGGCGGCGAGGACGAGGACGAGCUGGCGCGCCGUGACAUCGCCUGCGUCACCUUCCCCGGCGUCAUCAAGCGCGGCGACGAGAGCGGCGGGCACAUGCAGUAUCAGAAUGUCAUUGCUAAGGCUAGGGUAUUAUGUAGUCCCGAAUAA